AUGAUUGAAGAUUACUUCUAAUUUCCUUUAAAUGCAAGACCAUCAUAAAACUAUAUUGAUCUAUCUAUUAAAUCUUAACUUAAAGAAUCUCAGAUGUAUCAAAAUAAAUGGCAAGUUAAUUAAACCUAUCUUUGCUUAGAAUAAAUUAUAUAAACACCGAUAAAUGUUUCUUGCAAUAAACUGAAUAGCUUAAGCAGAAGCAAAAAGAAUCGUAGUAAUUGCUUAAUAUAAUAGAAUUUUUAAUUAUUUUUAGAUACAUUAUAAGCUAAAGAGAAAAAGACUGAUGAUACUUCUAAUUAGUAUUUAGAAGAAUAAAGUGUAAAUAAAUAAUAAAAUAACCAAAAAGAUACAAGUUUUGAAGUUAGUGAAAUUGACGAAGAGGAGGAAGAGUAUUCAAUUUGGGAUAACUCUUAGCUCGAAGAGUAAGGUUUUGACUCCAAAAAUUUUUAUAAUAAAGAAGGUAAAGAAUUAACAUUCUACUAGCUUUAUAGAAUGAGAUAAUGUCAAUUACUUGGACAUGUGCCAAUCGAAAAAACAAUAGAAAACUUCUCUUUAAUUUCUUAACUUUACUUAGAACCAACAAAAAAAUCAGAGAUAUAUGAAUAACAAUAGUAUUUACUACAAAAUUAUAAGACUUAAUCACAUUCUAAUAAUAGAACGAACCAAGAAUUCAUUGAAGUUUCUUUACUUGUACACUAGUCUUUUAAAAUGAUUGAAGAAAAAAGUUUUGAGCCAGCAUAUUCAAGUUAAAUCACUAUUUCGUAGUAGCCAUAAAAGCUUGAUAUAGAAGAACCCGUUAUAAAUUUUCAAGAUACUACAGAACCUAAUGGAUGGGAUCCUGUUACUUCUUAGAAUUUAGGAAAGUUAUUUGAGGAAUUUUUUAUUGACAACCAAAGUGAAGAAAUCCGAAAUAGCACUCUGCAACUACUCUCUUCAUUGUGGAUAGCAGGAAAGCAAUAGUAGAAAGAAGAAUUUAUCAAAUAAUUUGAAGAAAAGAGCAAGACCUUGCUUAAUUAUGGCAAAAAUAACAAAGAAUUCUUUAAAUUAUUUUCAUUUUUAUGCAGCAAUAUUUUAAAGGAUUAAAAUGUAAAGCUUGCUUUCAAGGAAAAAAUAAAAAGUUUGUUUACUUCUCUAAUAUAGAUAUUCAAAGAAGGGUUAAAUUAGUUGGUCAAUCAUCCUGAUCAUAAAUUAUAUUUAUUUUUAGAGGAUAUUGUCGAUGAUUAUAGCACAUUUAAACCAUAAUACUUAGAAGCAAAUGGUUGUUUAAACUGCUACGGACAUAAUAAAUAAAAUUCUGUCAAAGAAGAUAAGUUAACUGUUUUAUAGUAAGAAAUGAGAACAGGAAAUAAUAAACUUAUCAUAAAAUUAAAGAAAACUAUGGAAAUUUAAUAAAUAACACUUCCUCGUGACUCUGCCUAUUAAAAGGCAAAGAAGAAUUUUGUUAAAUAGAUAAAUAUUUAUGUGAAUAACAAUUUAUCCUCAGAUAUGAAUGCUCUAAAAAGCGAUAUGAGUCUAUGGAAGAGAGUAAAGUAAUCAAAUGUCGAAAAAGAAACAAGCAAAGAAUAUAUUAUUACUUUCCCUGUUCCUAUAUCUGCUAAAUUCCUUUGCAUUGAAUUUAAUAUCACAGCAAAACUCCCUCCACAAUGUUCAAGAUGUCCAGAAGUUAGAGCUGAAGGAUCUGGAUUUUAUUGCAGCUAGUGCUAAUACAGUCCAAUUAUAUAAGUCGAAAGCACUACACUUAAAUAUGUGCCAAGUUCAUUCUCUGAUAUUAUUGUUAUAGAUUCUGAUAAGUCAAAAGAAAACUGCGAAGCUAGUAUAAGCGAAUAUUCUUCAAUCAUAUUAGAGGUUCAAAGAGAUCUAUUAAAGGAAAAAUAGAAACUAAGGAUAUUAUAUGAUAGAUAUUAUGGAACUAAAUGCAAUAAUUCUGUAGGUAUUUUGUUGAAUAGUGAUGAAUUAGAUAAACUUUAUUAGGAACUGAUGACAAAUAUGAAUUAUUUGAUGUCAUAUAGAAAAGCACUUGCAUAGUAUAGCGGUGUGUGUGAAUAAAGCCUAAAAAAAUAAAUUUUUUAGAACUAAAUCUUAGGAGAUUAGCAGCAUAAUUGUUAUGGCUGCCUUUAGUCUUUCUUAAAUAUAUUCUUGACCUAAAUAAAUUAAAAGUAGAGUCUUAUUCUUUUCCAAGAAAUAGUUGGUGAAGAAGAAAUUAAGUCAUUUGUUGAUGUUAUUGAAUAAGUUUACUCACAACAAGAUUUUUAUCCUUAAAAGAUAACUCAAAAAGCGAUGAGAAUACACAAAAAUAUUUUUAUGCAUGCUUUCAAUGAUAAAAAAUAUGAAUAUUUAAACGCCUUUAUUAAUAAUAUCAAAUAAGACUUGCUUGAAAUGAGAUAAGAAAAUGCUCUAGUUAGAAAAAAUGAAAAUUUUUAAAAUUUAAGGCUUAGACUAGUUGACUUGAGAUUUCUUUAGGAGGCUUUCAGGGAUUAAAUUGAUUAAUUAAAUGCUUAAGAUAGCUUAAAUGCAGAGGAACAGAGUAUUUUAAAGAAAUUUUAAGAGCUCUCAGGAAAAAUUAUUCUUUUAGUCAAUUAAGUUAUGCCUACCUUCUUCCAAAAAGGACUUACAUCAUCUCUAAAUUUCCAGAAUGACAUUAUUGUUUCUCUUUUAGAAAUUAUUUUAUCUGAGUUUAAUAAUAUUUUGCCUGGUGGCAUUUAUGAAAACAGAAUUCCAACUUCAUGCUAAAAUUGCACUUCUAUUGACCAAAUAUUUUAAAAAGAUAAGAGCACUGCUGAUAAAUUCUCAGACAGUUUUGAAAAAAAGUUUAAUCCUAGGAAUAAUAGAAUGCAGCAUUAGAGCUUUAGAGAUUCAAUUUCUUUUGGAAAUAAUUCUUCAUUCCAAGGAUAAUUCCCCCCUCCACCUUCUUCGUGGAGAUAGUCUGACUUUUAUCAAUCUAGAGAUAGAGAAGUGAGAGAAUAAGUAAUAAAUCAGAUGCUAGGAGGUACGACUCACGCUUCAGGAAUAUCUGGGUUUGAUCGUCAGACUGGAGCUAACUGGGUUUCUGGUUAUGGAAACUUUUUAAGUUAUUAAAACCAACUUUAAUAAACAGUUAAUUAAUCAGUAUCAAAAGAAUCUUAUAAAAAAAAGAUAGUAAGCAGCAGGAUAAGUUAAGCAUAGCAAGAAAUAUUAAACUUUCCAGUUGGAAGCCAGCUUCAAUAAUUUUAAAUCCCUCCACCUUCUUAAUUCCCUGGAGGUACUUCUUAAUUAAUUCCUCCCCUUCCUACUCUCUCAAAUCAUUUAGCUAACAUUUUACCUCCUUAGAUUAGUACACCUUCAAGAAAAACAGGAGGAGAUUUAGGAAAUAAAGGAAGCAGUUCUAAAGCUAAAAAGGGUUAACAAGCAAAUUAAAGAAGUGAUUAAGAAAGGCUAUUAGAAUUUAUGACUCUUCUUAUUGGCUGUACUGACCUGCCAGAAUCAUCUAAUUUUUCUUCUUCUCAUGGAAUUCAUCCAAAAAUAAUUUCAUCAACUCAUUAAAUUAUGGAAAUUGAGCAGUUAAAAGAAAAGAUUGAAUAGCAAACUUAGAGUUUUAAAAUUAAACCUGAUAAUUGGCUUCAAAACUGUAUUUAACUAUUUGAUUCUAGAAGAUUAUAAGAACUUAUACACACAAUAAUUCUUUAAAUAGCUCACUUUAAUAGCAGAGUUGCUUGUUUUUUACUUUUGCAUGCUCUUCCAGAUGCUCUUAGUAAGUAAGGUUCUUCAAUGUGCUACUUCGAACUUUUUAAAGAGGUUAUUUUAGUUUUGAAUAGUAAUACUUCUAAAGGCACUCUAUAAGCUACAGCAUCAACUCGCAAGCUCCCUGGAUUGUCAAUGAUGCACUAGCAGAGCUCUGAAGAUUUAGGUCUUUCACGCAAAGAACUAGAUGAAGAUGCAAUUAACGAGGAGCUUGAGUAUUUAGAAAUUCUCUCUACAAUGUUUAAAAAUCUAGAUUAAUAAUUGAAAUCAUAUGCUUCUCUUAAAAAUAAAUAGUUAAUCUCAACCAAAGAGUUCUUCAUACAGAACCUUAAUUCAGGCUCAUCUCUCAACUAUCUUACAAAUCUGAUUAAAAUAUUUAUUGAAAAUCCUAAUAUAAAGUAGGCAUUUAAAAAUAACAACAAGCUUUACAUGCAGCAAAUCAUAUCUUCUGUUGUCAGUAUUAGGAAGUUCAAAUACAUUCUAAAUUAAAAUUUCUUUUAAAUAGAAUCUCUGCUUUCUUCUCUCUUUCAAGAAUUGUAAAGCAACAGUAUUAAUGAAAAAUAGAAUUUCUUAAAGUAAUUAAUUACAGCUCUACCUUCAACCUCUAAUGACCCAUUAGGUUAAGAAUUUUUGAUGGAAUAGAUUAACAAGAUUUUAAUCCCUAAAAAAUUGGUUCCAAAUUUAAGAUUAGAAGUUUAAAGUAAUUAAAGAGAAUAUUUGCCUUCAAGUUUGCCCAAAAAAGAAAUAUCAGCUAGUGAAUUCGGUACCACAAUGAAUGAUAUUUUAAUUAGAAUCAAGUCUGAGCUACCUGAUUCUUCUUGGGUCAUAGAAAUGCUUGUUGCAAACAAAUUGAUUAAUAACAAGGAUCUUCCAAUUGAUUUAGUAUAUAAAAAAGUAUGGGUUUAAUCAUAACAAAAAGGUGUUCCUUCAAAUUAAAUCGACUGGAAAAAAUAGGUUUUAAGCAAUCCUAUGAAAAUAGUAUACAGAAUUACAGGUUUCGAUGGUGAAGCUCAUGAAGAAUUAGUCGACUAAAUAGUAGAUGAAGAUUAAUAAACAUGCUCACAAUUAUCUAAAGUAUUAUUUGAUUUAUUUACAGAUGAAACUGGAAAAGAAACUUGCGGUUUAGCAUCUUUGAUAGAAAUAAUUAAGUAAAUUUAUUCCGAUCCAGAAUAAAAAUCUAAAUUGUUAAGCAUAAUUACAAUCAUGAAUAUUGCAUGCAAGCACUCUGAAGGUAGGAUAAAGGCACUUUAGUAUAAUGGAUUAAGUGUGAUAUUAAAAGUUUUAAUGAACAAUCUCCCAAAUAUGAAUGAAAGUGAGCCUGAAAGCUUAAUCUAAAAUAUUUUUGAGCUCAUUCAUGGUUUAUUGGAAGAAUCUGAAAAUACUAAGUUCAAAAUUAAUUAGAGUGGUAUGGAGAUCGAAUCUAUCUCUGCAGAUGCCAUUAAAGAAGAGGAGGAGGAAUGCUUAAAGAAUGUGAUGGUUUGCAUUGAUAAAAUAAAUAAAAUUGAUGAAAAAGGAGGAAAAAAUAAAAAUAAUCAACUUAUUCAAGAUUUAAUAAGAAUACUUCCUAUAUUGACUCAUGAUUAUUUAAAGCCUUCAUAAUUCUUAGUUAAUAAUUUCUCAUAAGCUAUAUAAUUUGAAGAGGAUUAAAUAAAAAAAGAUAACCUUGAUAAAAUUAAUAAAUAUAUUGAAAUUGCUGAAAAAAUUCCAGAAGACUUUUAAUCUUUCAGAGAAGAAAGUAUCAGAUAAGGUAUUCUCGAAAAAGCUACUCUAGCCUUUAUGUCAGUUAUUCCUGGAUAUAACUAAAUAGAUUAACCUAAAGCUAAGCUUCAAAAGAAUUGUCUAAAGAGAUGUCUAGCUGUCUUUAUGGGAUUAAUGAAAGGUAAUUUCCAUGUUUAGACAAUACUAAAUGAGGCAGGAAUACUUCAUAGCAUAUAUCAAUUGGCAGAUCCUACCAUAAAAAUAGAUGAAGUAGGAAAAAUUUCAGAAAGUUUGAUUGAAUAUAUUGUAAGCGAAAAAAAUAAUGUGGAUAAAAAUGUUUAAAAUGACAUUCUCAAGAUUAAGCAAGAAGAUGCACAAAAAAAGAAGGAAAAAGCAGACAUGGUUAAAAAAAAUCAAUUAUCUAUGCUAACUAAUAAUGCUUAAAAAAUCUUAUAAAACUUCAAUUUCAAUGAUAUAGAAGAAGAAUAAAGCAUUAAGUGUGUGGUAUGUUAGGAAGGUUAUACUUUACGUCCUUAAGAGAUUAUGGGUGCUUAUAUUUUUUCAACUUAAACAAACAUUGCAGAUGAAAAAAAGCUUAUGUAUGACCCAUUUAGUUACUCUGAAAAACCCAGCGUUACAAGUGCAACUUCAUUUAAUUGUAUUCAUUUAAAAUGCCAUUAAGAUGCUGUAAUUGCUGACCAGAAUUCUAAAAAACCCAAAGGUGAAUGGGAAGGAGCUCUUAUCCGUAACUCAGAAGCCAAGUGUAACAACUGGUUCCCUAUCAAAGGUCCUGAGAUUGAAUAAAAUUAAAUGGACUAAGGCCUGAAAAAGUAUGUGAAAGGAAUUGGGUAACUUGGGUAAAACGGUUAAUCUUUAGCUUGGAUCCUAAUUAACGAUUUUAAAGGUCUUCUUAUUAAGUUUUCAAACUAAGAAGAUAUUGCAAAAGAGACUAGGACAACAUUCGAACAUAAUUUGAAGAUAUUCCCAUUCUUUAUUUCUACUGUUAGCUAUGUCCUUUCAUAAGAAGACAACAAAGAAUUGCUAGAAAAAAUGAAUGUCUGUUUCCAAAAAAUGCUAAAUAAAGAAAUCAAAGAUGAAAGCAGAAAAGUAGAAAUCAUAUAAACUUUCCUUGUUUCUUCUCUAUUCUUGUUGACACCAGAAGAAUGGAAAAACAGAGUUAGAAAGAUAUUCCUUAACAAUAUUUUAAAUAUAUUUGUUACAUCAUAUUUCAAGAAUAAUGCUGAUUUGGAUACAAGAGUUGCUAAAUAUGGAUAAUCAAUAUUUAUUCUUUUUGCACUCAUAAACAUAAUCUUUGAAAAAAUUCAUAGUAAAGCAGCAAGCGGACAUUAAGGAUCUCUUUUAAUUUUAUAACAAAAACUAGACGCUUAUAUUUCGAAUAGCUACGACACAUUAAUUGAAUAAUUCUAACUUUUACAUGGUGAGUACAGAGAUAAAAUAACUAAAUUUACUAAAGUAAGUGAGUAUUUAGAUUAUAUUGGAAUAAAAGAUGAAAUAAUUUAAUAAGGCGAGGAUGUUACAGCAGCUCUUAUUAAAUAUAAAGAAUGA